AUGGCCAGCCCUGGGAAGCCUAGGGCUGAGGAGGUCCAGCAGCAGCAGCAGCAGCAGCAGCAGCAGCAGCAGGAAGGCGCCUCUGCAGGGCAGGGGGCCGAGGUGCUGCAGCAGGCCCAGGAACUGUUUCUGCUAUGUGACAAGGAGGCCAAGGGCUUCAUUACCAGGCAUGACCUGCAGGGCCUGCAGAGUGACCUACCCCUCACGCCUGAGCAGUUAGAGGCUGUGUUUGAAAGCCUGGACCAGGCCCACACUGGCUUCCUCACUGCCCGGGAGUUCUGCCUGGGCCUGGGGACGUUUGUGGGGGUGGAGUCAGCCCAGGGCACACGCCCCUCGCGGGCUCCCGAGGAAACAUUUGAGUCGGGCUGGUCGGACGUGCAGAGCACGGGGGGCUCCCUGGAGGAAGAAGAGGAGGAUGCUGAGAGGCUCUGUGCGGCGCUGGAGCAGCUGGGGGUGGCCCGGGUCCUGGGCGAGCUGCGAGCUGUGAGGGCGCUCUGGGCCCGGCUGCAGCGCGAGCGACCUGAACUGCUGGGCAGUUUGGAAGACGUUCUAAUGCGCGCGUCCGCCUGCCUGGAGGAGGCGGCCCGGGAGCGCGACGGCCUGGAGCAGGCUCUGAAGCGGCGGGAGAGCGAGCACGACAGGGAGGUGCGCAGCCUCUACGAGGAGCUGGAGCAGCAGCUCCAGGAGCAACGGCACUGCCGGCAGAGCCAGAACCUCCCCCGGGAGGAGCAGAGGGGCCGCCUGGACUUGGAGCUGCAGAGUCGUGAGCAGGAGCUGGAGCGCGCCAGGCUGCGGCAGCGAGAGCUGGAACAGCAGCUGCAGACCCAGGCUGCAGAGAAGCUGGAAGCACAGGCCCAGAACGCCCAGCUGCGGCGUACCAACGAGGUGCUGCGUGAGCAGCUGGAGGGAGCGCAGGAGCAGCUCCGCAGACUGGAGGGCGAUGCCCGCGGCCACCAGGAGCAAACCCAGAGACAUGUGGUUGCGGUUUCCAGGAACAUGCAGAAAGAGAAACUCAGUCUCCUACGGCAACUGGAGCUGCUCAGGGAGCUGAAUACGCGGCUUCGAGAUGAGAGGGAUGCCUGUGAGGUCAAGCUGCUCAGCAGUAGCCACAGGGAGGCUCUGGCCACUGCUCGCCUGCCUGCGACCACCCUGCUGCUGCUGCUGCUGUUGCUGCUGCAGGAGCGGCUGGGCUCGGCCCCCGAGACGUGGCUCUGGCCACCUUCCUAGUGCCCGAUGACCAGCAUCUAGUGACUCAUUAGGCAUUACCUGGAGGAGAUGCUCCUUGAAGGCACCUUGUCAGGAGUGUGUCCCAUUCGGCAUGUGGACGCUACCCAGAGACACCCCCUCUUGCCUAAAGAAGACAUGAAGGAACUCACUUGUGGGUGCUCAGGGACUUCAGUGCCCUGCCAGCCUUCAUCCUGUCCCUGUCUCUGCCCAGCAACAACAAAAUCCUCUGUUCAAUAAAGCCCGCUGACUGUUCUGAGUCCUCCUUGGCCUUCUGUGUGUCUGGGAGCCACAGUGUGGUUCAUGCGUGAGGUGCCAGUGGGACAAUGUGACACGUGAAAGUGCACACGUGGCCCUACUGUGCUGGGCUGUGGGUCCCUGUGUCCUCUUUGGGUCCCUAGUUACACUCUGAGACAUAACCAUCCAUCAAAGCUGAA